CUCUGCCUAGUGGAGAGCGGUGAGCUCUCAGGUCAGGGAAUAGCAUUAGAGACGGGAACUGCGCUCUCUUGAACAUUUUGUUUUUGUAUCUGAACAGCCAAAGACGUUCAAGUCCAUUGAAGUAACCUUUAACACCGAGAGGUUUUUUUUAAAAGACAUAACCGUCUUGUUGUAAGCAGAGCUCCGCUCCCCUCCACAAGCCAAGCGGUACAGUGUUGUUUGUUUGUUUGUUUGUUUGUUUUUAAAAAUAACAAUGAAAGCUGUUACUCCAGUCCGCUCUCAGAAGGAUUCCUCCUCCGGUUGCGGUGACAUCGCUUUCCACUGUCUGUCGGACCAUAGCCUGAACAUCGCCCGGUGCAAAAUGGAAGAAGAGGAGCUCUUUUGCCUGCAGUAUGACAUGAACGACUGUUACACCAGGCUGAAGCGGCUAGUGCCGACCAUACCGCAGGGCAAGAAAGUCAGCAAAGUGGAGAUCCUGCAGCAUGUGAUAGACUAUAUAUUGGACCUGCAGUUCGCCCUGGAGACGCACCCGGCUCUGUUGAGGCAGCAGCACGGAAGGUGCCCACCGGCCUCCGCCAGGACACCCCUGACUGCUCUCAACACUGAGCAGGCAAGAGCCAUUCUCAAAAAGCAAGAGGACACUAUUCUGUGUCGUUGAAAUACGGCGAAAAGGUGUGCGGAAGGCCCAUCCAAACUCAGAAACAGUCCGAGAGAGAAUCUGGAGCCAGAAUCAGAGGGGAUUGCUAAACGCUACGGAAACAGGAAAAAAAACAACAACAGCCAAAACAAAACUUAAUUACGACAGCGAAAUGAACUGCUUCCCCUAUCCCACCGUUUUUCCGAGAAAUUAUCCUAGAACUUCAAAUAAUUGCUCUGAUUUCUGAGUAAAAGAGACGCGGUGGAAUUGUUUGGUUUACAGCAUUAUAUAAAUACGAACACUGUUUUAGAACAACGGCAUUUUUUUAAUUUACUAAAAGCAGAUUUUAAAGCUUUACUAAACUGUAAAAGAAUUGUAAAUGUAUUGACAUCUAUUGUUUAAAAUAGAUGAUACACGUUGGACCAGGGAUAACUUUUUUGCCCUGCUAGAAACUGUUCAAUAUUGUUAAGAGGUAUAACGAUUUAUGACAAUUAAUAUUGUACAUAUAUAUAGAGAAAGAGAGAUGUUCUAUAAAUGUAUGUGAAAGAAAAUAUCUAUAUGCUUAAAUAGACUAUUGUAAUUAUAAGAUAUUUUUAUUAAAACUCUUUUGUUUUGUAAAUAUGGUGUUUUCAUUUUUAUGUUUGGUGGAUGAAUCCAUUAUGUUUUGCUAAUAAAGUCUGUAAAAACCAUGCCAGUUUUUCCUUUUUGUUUAAAAUAUAUAAUUGAUGUUCCAGCAUCUUUUUUUUUAACACUUGAUAAACUCGUCUGCAUGCAAAAAAAUGACUUUCCAGAUUAUUUUGCUUAAAAUAAGAGACUUUCAGGAUGGAAAUCAGUGCAUGGUUGAUUCUGGCUGGAUUUUGUAUAGGUCUUUAAAUGGUGCCACAUCUCAAGAUUUUGUAAAACAAAGUAAUUGUAUUCUUUGAAGGAAAAAAAAAUGGCAAUGUUUCUAAAAAAUCUGACGAUAAGGUUUUGAGAGUUUGUAACAGAUGUUCACUGCUGAAAUAAAAUCUUGUGGCAUGCA